UCUAAUCCAGUGCACAUGUGCAGGGGGCCAGAUCCAGGCAAGACUUCAGACAGCUGAAAUCAAACCACGCAGAACACACCGUAUACAGCUGUCCUUUAUACUACCAGAAACACAGCAGAGUUCUGUAACAGCGAAAAGGAUACAGAGUCACGAAUCCGCUCGCGGGCCCUGAAAAGUUCCUUUUCUGUUGGAUUAAGGUGAAAGUUCUCCAGGUCAGGCGCAGCGUGUGGUAGCCCUUGUUGUGUUGCGCUGUUGUUUUGUCACUCCCCACAGUACAGAUCGGAAGGCAACAUGUGCACGGGGUCGUGUGCUCGCUUCAUCGGGGUGUCCCUGUACCCCCUGGCUCUCACCUCUAUCAUCUGCAACAUCCUGCUCUUCUUCCCCGGCUGGGACGUCAAGUACGCCCAGGACGGACACAUCACAGAGGAGGUCAAGUACAUGGGGGGCCUCAUCGGCGGCGGUGUCAUGGUGCUAAUUCCUGCUAUUCACAUACACCUGGCUGGGAAGAAUGGCUGCUGUGCUAACCGUUGUGGGAUGUUCCUGUCCAUUGCAUUUGCUGCCAUUGGUGUUGCUGGUGCCCUCUACAGUUUUGUCGUGGCAAUGCUUGGUUUGACUAACGGACCCCUUUGCAAAGUAGCCCUCAUCUGGCUGACCCCCUUCAAAGACAGGGAAGAGAGCUACCUGAAUAACAAGGACAGCUGGUUUAUCUGCACCAGUCCAGAGAACAUUGUGGAGUUCAACAUCGCUCUGUUCAGCACACUAGUGGCAGUCAGUGCCGUGGAAGUCAUACUGUGUGCUAUCCAGAUGAUAAAUGGCCUCUUUGGUUGCCUGUGUGGUACCUGCAAAAAUGGGUCAAAGGAGGUAGUAUAAGUUUAGCUUAAAGUGAUACUCCACCGUUUCUGUAAAUAACCUCAUUUUACACCUCCUCUUGAGGUACAUAAUUGGGUUUUACCGUUCUCCUGCUAUUGUAGCCAUUCUCCGAGUCUGGCCUGGCAGAUUCUACGUCCAAGCCAGCAAAUAUAAUUAAAUCCUAAGGGACCAGCUAGCGGCUAAUGGGUGCCAUAAGACUCAAUGAUAAUUGAUAGAUUGUAACUAGAAGUAAUAUCACUUUACUCUGAGAACGACUGGAAGAUCAGGAAACUUUCACUGUCAGAUCCUUUGACUGUAGUCUCCUUUCUCAACACUUGAACUGAAAUCCCCUAUAUAUUUGAUUCCACCACUUUUUAAAAUGUUUUUAGGACUUUUGCCUUUAUGGCAGUAAUCGUGAAGAGUGGGACAGGAAAGGAGUGGGAGAGAAACAUGGGGUAGGGUUGGGAUAUGACUGAGGUCGGGCUUGUGCCUUGGUCACCUUGAGCAUGCAGGCCCAUGUAUAGAUUAGUGGCUUAUAGUGUACUGCUGCUCCACAGCACUCUGCCAUCCUGCCUAUUUGUAAAAUUUUCAAACGGAAAUGUUUUACUCUCUGAAGCCAUGGAUUGACUCUGCUGUAUUUUUGACAAUCUACUGUAGUUGAAAGGGGGUGUGGGGAUACAGUACAUACGUAGGCUAUAUUUGAUGUUGUGGGAUUAACUGUACCAUGUACAGUUUGUGGAGUUUAAAACGUUUUAAGAUAUGUAAUUGCUUGUUGUCUGAGUAUUUCAAUCCAUAAUUAUGAUUUACAUAACCCCAUAAUGCACGCUGUUCCAUAGUGGAAUGCUGUAAUGGUUAUUGAAAAGUCAAUUACCAUAGUUCUACACUACUAUGACAUAACACAGAACCUUUAGUAAUGCACAAAGACUUGGUCAUUGUCAUUCUGGUAACAGCAAAGUUAUAACGCUGUGUCUUAAAGUUUAAGCACUGUCAUGAAAAUGAAUUGGUGUGUAAAUUCUUUGUCUUUGAAAGUUUGUACCUGCUGUUGCACAUUUUUUGACAUUAAAGAAUGUACAUU